UGCACAGUCCGUAGUACUUAUACCAUCAUUAUCCCGAUCAUAUGUUGAGAAUUUCAAAUUUUUGUGUCUGCCUAGCCCGGCUCCAGCAGUAUUACUAAAAGAGUAAGCAUUGGUUUUAAUCCUGCUGCUUGAUCGGUCAUUAUCAAGUUCAUAAAAUGUCAUCUUGUAAUCUUCAUCUUCGCUGUCCACAUUGAAGUUGGUGUACACCGCAUACUCAAUAUAGGUGAGAGAGAUAUUUACAUGUGGUUUGUUUCUGAAGGAGAUAUAAAGAUCAUAAGUGCCAGAUUGUGUUAUUUCAUGAAUUUUAUCCAAUCCCAUCCAGUAGUUUCCGAAGUAAUCCCCGAAUCCAUCCUUAUAGUCCUGCCAGCUCUUGUCCUCGAAUGCGACACUGUCGUCGACACGUCGUUGAAUCACUAUCCAACCUUCGCCCGUCUCCCGCAUACACAUGUCGCAGAAUACCGUUAACUCGUUGACUCCCCCAGGCCUUAUGCGGUACACACCGCUGUGACCGAAGUCCGCCGCGUAGGCACUGCAAUUUCGGCGCAGGUUUGCUAAUAGAUAGGAGUCACAGACUUCCUCGAGUUGGCUGGUGUGGACCCCUAGUUUAUUCUCGUUCUCUGUACAGCCCAAAUCCGAAGCUGAAACGGAGAGCUCCGCUUGGCGUGCGUUCCGCAGCGGUACAGGGCUAGCGAAGAUCGCCGCCACAGCCACCGCGAAGAACAAAACUGCACCGGUCAUUGCCUUCUUUUCGCUCGGAGGAGGAAAGUGCCGCCGAGUUGAGUUUUGUUGCCUUUUAUACACGCGCGCCGGGCGCAUAUCUAACCGGUCGCACACGUACAGUAUGCGCGCGCAUGCUCAGAGCUCAUAGAGGAGGCCGCUGGGAACGACCCAUGGCUGAUCUUAUGCACGUAGCCUAGCCAUAGACGGACCGAUACAAUGGAGAGGACGACGACGGAAUCCGUGUCUUCUGUUAGGGACGUUGAGCAAGCCUCGAAGCUGCUGGAACAUCUUACGGCUGAGGAGGAGAAAGUGAGUAAGGAGCUAGAGCAGCUGCUAGAAGAGCAGUCCCAGUUAGACUUGAGGAUGGCGCUAUUCCAGCAUAUGCUACCCACACUGAAGACACUGGAUAUGGAAGCUGGUGUCCUGCAAGGGGUCAUUGGUCGUGCUAGUCAGCUAGCAGAUUCUGUCAGCUGUAAAGUCCGUGUUUUGGACCAGGCCAAGAGUCGAGUGUAUGACUGCAUGAAGAGAGUUGAUGAUGUUAUUGACCUAAAGAGCUGUGUGGACGGUGUGCAGUAUGCCAUGACUACUGGAGAUUAUGAGAAGGCAGCUGCCCAUAUCCACCGCUACUUGGCCCUUGACGAAAACAUCUUACUUGAAACAACUGCUGACUCAGUAAAAGGUGGAGGUACAGUGAGCAGCUCUUUCUCCCUCCUGAGAGAGGCUGAGGCAAAACUCAAGGAGGUCGUGAGAACUAGCAUGGCUGAUGCCAUGGCAACUGCAGACCACCCUCAGGUUGAAAGGUUCUUCAAGAUAUUUCCUCUGAUCAACCUACACAAAGAAGGCUUGCACCUGUUCUCGUCCCACCUGCGAAGACAGAUCAGAGAGACAGCAGAGUCCAGUCUGGAGAGGGCUGCCCAACCCUCAGAGGACAGGGCUGGUGUGGUGUAUGCCGACACCCUUACUCUUCUCUACGAGGCUCUUGCUCGCUGCCUGGAGAUCAACCAGCCAUUGGUGGAGACAUACUAUGGACCACCCUGGAUGCCAUUCCUUGUCAGAGAACUCCAGACUGAGUGCGAUGAGCAGUGUGGCAGGGUACUGGAACACCUCCAUGCAGAGAGGCUCCUGGACCACAAGGUUCAGACUGUCUCCAUUGCUCUCAACUCUCGCUCUGCCACUGGUGCCAUCAGACCCGCAGUCCUAGAGCUGGACACUCUUCUAACUGAACUCAGUCUGUGCUGCACUCGCACACAGCUCUACUUCAGGUUUCUACUGCGCAAAGCCAGCACGGCUGGGGAUUCAUGGACUGACAGCAGUGAAGGGAGAGGAGAGUCUGUUGAGGAGUUGCUGCGGACCUGCCGCACCAGCCAACUGGAGCAGGAGCUGAUGAGCAAGUACAUUCUGAUAGAGGACUACUUCAUGAGGGAGAGUCUCUGCAAGGCAGUUGCUAUGGACACCUGUAAUCCCGAUGGCUGCACAUCAAGUAUGGCUGAUGAUAUUUUCUUUGUUCUUCAGAAGUGCACAAGGAGAGCCUUCUCCAGUGGCAAUGUUGACGGAGCCUGUGCCGUACUCAACAAUGCCAGCUCACUUCUGUUGACAGAAUUCAGGAACCAGCUACAGCUCCGACUUCAGACUUCGCCCACCACAUCCACCACUCUAGACCUGACGGGGAUGCUGCAGGGGAAAUCUCGUGCUCCAGAACGCAGGGAGAAUGAAGUGGGAGGGGCUUCCUACAUGGUGGCUCUGAAUGACGUGGAAGUCAGCAUGAACAACAUCCAAAAGUUGGCUGGCGAGCUUCAGGCCGAGGGAGCAAAGCUGGGAGCAUCUGCCACGGAUCGGACCAAGAGAAAAUUAGACAGCUGCUUGGCAGACUUCAGCAGUGUCACCACAAGUUUCAAGGAACUAAGACAGACAGGAGUUGGCUGUGUGGUGAGGAGUGUUCUAGUGCCUGCUCUGGAGCCAGCCAUCAGCGCCUUCUCCUCCUUCAGCCACAGUCUGUCAGAGGAAGAUUUCAGUGACUAUGAAGUGAAUGAUCCAUUUGUGCAGCAACUGCUGAUAGCGAUUGAGAGUGCCCUAUCAGAUAUCAAGGUAAAACUGAUUCCAGCUGUGUUCGAACACGUCUUCUCUGAGUUAACUACUGAACUCGCUGUCCUUCUGGAGCAGCAGAUACUGAGCUGUCAAUUCAACCAGUUGGGUGGAGUUCAGCUGGACAAAGAUCUGCGCUCAUUCACCAGUUACCUGUCCUCCCUCACCAGCUGGCCUGUAAGAGACAGGUUUACCCGUCUCAUGCAGAUAGCAACACUCCUGACUUUGGAGACAGUAAACGAGUUGUUUGACUACUGGGGAGGCAGCAUGUUGUGGAGACUGACUCCCACCGAGGUCCGUCGUGUCCUUCAUCUCAGGACUGAGUUCAGAACUGAAGAUGUAGAGAGAAUCAAAUUACAAUGACACCCACACACAAUGUCAAAUAACACUGCGCAUGCCGGUGGGCGCAUGCGCGUGCGGCGUCCCGGUCCGGACCCAAUUCUGAUUUCUAAGAAUCUGACUCUGGUUGUUGGCGCAUGCGCGCAUGGUUAGCGCACCAGCAAAUGUUCCGACACGUGAGUAGAAGAGGGAUAUCAGUCGCCGCAACUCUAAGAAUGCCUAUAAAGGUUGGAGACACGCUGCCAUCUCUGGAGGUGCAGGAAGGCACACCAGCCACAACUGUGAAUGUGAAGGACUUGUUCGCUAGCAAGAAGGGCAUCCUAUUCGGAGUGCCUGGAGCCUUCACCCCUGGCUGCACGAAGACUCACCUGCCAGGCUAUGUGCAAGACUGGGAGAAGCUGAAGGCCAAGGGAGUUGAGGUAGUGGCCUGUGUGUCUGUCAAUGAUGUGUUUGUCAUGGCGGCUUGGGGAGAGGCACGUGGUGCUGAUGGCAAGGUCAGGAUGUUGGCUGAUCACAACGGAGCCUACACAAAGGCACUUGACUUGGAGUUUGAUGCAGUAGGUGCUCUUGGGUCUGUACGCUGCAAACGGUUCUCUGCAGUGGUGGAGGACAGUGUCGUCAAAGUCAUCAACGUGGAGCCAGAUGGUGCAGGCUUGACCUGUUCACUGUCAAAUGCACUAUUUGACCAACUUUGAACACUGGCAGGAGGACAAAUCAUUGCUCUAAUGAAAAGCACUAAAGUGCAAACCCUCGGCGAAGUAGCUCGCAGAGAAUCUGACAGGGGCUAGCUAUAGUAGUAGAUAGCAUGCGAGAGUCGAUACACGCCAUUCGUUGUGACUUCUUGUGC